AUGAGUUGCCAACAACUCGUUCAGCCUUUGGACUGGAAGAGCGUGAUAGCGGUGUGUGCCAUUCUCUGCUCCCGGCUGAGCUGCUUCUUCCACUGGCCUUCAUACACAAACCAUGCUGUCCUUCGCUGUGAGACAACUAGCCCGGCCUCUGUGCCAGCGUGCCCCAGCUCGCCUCUGCAUCCGCGGGCAACAGUCCCACGCCGCCAGCCGCCCCGUGGAUGAAGACAGACCUUGGACGGGCCAGGAAAGUCUGUCUCAGGACGACCCAGAAAUGUGGGAUCUGCUGCUGAAGGAGAAGGACAGGCAGUGUCGCGGCUUGGAGCUCAUUGCAUCUGAGAAUUUCUGCAGCCGGGCUGCUCUGGAGGCUCAAGGCUCUUGUCUCAACAACAAAUACUCUGAAGGCUACCCAGGGAGAAGGUACUAUGGUGGAGCAGAAGUGGUGGAUCAAAUUGAGCUCCUGUGCCAAAAGCGAGCCUUGGAUGCUUUUGAUUUGGACCCAGAAAAAUGGGGUGUCAACGUCCAGCCUUAUUCUGGCUCCCCAGCCAACUUUGCAGUCUACACUGCCAUGCUCAACCCCCACGACCGCAUCAUGGGCCUGGACCUUCCUGAUGGAGGACAUCUGACCCAUGGCUACAUGUCAGAUGUGAAGAGGAUCUCUGCAACCUCCAUCUAUUUUGAGUCAAUGCCCUACAAGCUCAAUCCUGCGACAGGACUCAUCGACUACGACCAGAUGGAGAUGACGGCCAAGCUGUUCAGGCCCAAGCUCAUCAUCGCCGGCACCAGCGCCUACGCCCGCCUCAUUGACUACGCCCGCAUCAAGAAGCUGUGCACGGACAUCAAGGCCUACAUGUUGGCUGACAUGGCUCACAUCAGCGGACUGGUGGCAGCCAAAGCCAUCCCUUCCCCUUUCGAGCACGCUGACCUCGUCACAUCCACCACACACAAAUCCCUCAGAGGAGCCAGAGCUGGUCUCAUCUUCUUCCGUAAGGGCGUCCGCUCUGUGGACAAGAAGGGGAAGGAGAUAAUGUACGACCUGGAGGACAAGAUCAACUUCUCAGUUUUCCCCUCCCUGCAGGGUGGACCUCACAACCACGCCAUCGCCGGUGUAGCCGUGGCACUCAGACAGGCUCAGUCUCCCAUGUUUAAGGAGUAUAUUGUCCAAGUUCUAAAGAAUUCCAAGGCCAUGGCUUCUGCUCUCCUCAGCAAAGGCUACACCCUGGUAUCAGGGGGCACCGAAAACCACCUGGUUCUGGUAGAUCUGCGACCCAAAGGCAUUGAUGGCGCCAGGGCAGAACGGGUGCUGGAACUGGUUUCGAUCACCGCCAACAAGAACACCUGCCCUGGGGACAAGAGCGCUCUCACUCCUGGAGGCCUCAGGCUUGGCGCUCCAGCUCUGACCUCCAGGCAGUUCAAAGAAGCUGAUUUUGUUCAAGUGGUAGAGUUUAUGGACGAGGGCUUCCAGAUUGCCUUGGAUGUGAAGAAAAAGACAGGAAAACUCCAGGACUUCAAGAACUUCUUGCUGGAGGACCCCGAGACAGUUGCCCGCAUUGCCGGGCUGCGCCACCGCGUGGAAGCGUUCGCCAGGCCUUUCCCCAUGCCGGGCUUCCACGACCAUUAGGGUCAUUAGAGAAGCAGAUGUCAACAACAAUCCAUUCUUUAAAAAAAUAAAUAAAAUUAAAAAAACAAGGCCUUUUAUGUGAAGGUUAAACAAUACAAUUUUGCAGAUUUUAUAGAAGAGAAGAACCUAUUUUCUAUUAUGUUUUUGGUGUUUACAUGGACCUGUCAUACUCAAACACUGAUGAGUGUGAUUCAUGUAAUUUGUCCGCUAAUAAGUCUUAAUGUUUUUUUAACUAGUGGCAAUAAUUCUUAGUAUUUGAGAGCACAGGUACAGAAGAAGCCGUUAGAAGUGUGACAGUGUCUGCAUGAACACCUGGAAAUGACACCUAAAUGUCGUCAGAGUAUUACACUGUCAUGCAGUGGUAGGGAAGCUCCAGCCUAUUUACAUACAGCCAUUUAUAUGAUGUACAAGAGCAUUUGAUUCGGGCCAAACCUCAGCGACUCUAAUAAAAAAAAGCCCCCAAAACCAGUUGGGGCCACAAAUGCUCGUGAUCUAUAAUAUUAAACAUGGUUUUUCAUAAAUGUUGUAUGGCCCUUGUAAAGAAAAAGGCUCGGUAUUACUGGAAUGAAGCCAAAUUUGACAUUCAGUGUAGCUAAACAACAUGCUAUUUUUAGUAAACCAAAAAAACACACUCAUAAAUUUCCCAGUUUACACAAUUUAAACAAAAGCAUUUCCUUACUUUUUCUUUGUAACUCUGGGUAUACUCUUGCUUUGAGGAUGACUUCAAGGUGGUGCUUUACAACGUGAUUUCUUUUUUUCCAAAAGUACUUUUACUAUGUAGUUGACGGGUGACCAUAAUCACUGCAUCAGUGAGCAAUUCAGGUUUCUCUGUAUUAAUCUAUGGUAGGACCAAUGUUUCUGCCAUUCUUUGCAAAGCAUCUCCAAGCCGCCUAAUUACAGUAUGUCAAACUAUAAUAGCGUACAUGUUGGCAAAUACACCAGUGUCUGCUGUCGUCUCUUGUCUCUGAUAUUGUCUAAAGUGACUUAACAUCAUUUGAAUUACUUUUCAAAGAGUAUAAAUAAAGUCAUACAAAAUA